ACGUGCACCGGGACUAUUACACACAGCACACGAAGAGUUUUGAGUUCUCACCCAGAUCAGACUAGACUGUGGUUCUUCUUCCCCACCGUUAACCCUAGUACCUAUCACAAAAGAAUGGCUGAUACUCUGAUAGAAAGAGCUAAGCUUGCUGAGCAGGCUGAAAGAUACCAGGACAUGGCAAAGGCAAUGAAGGAAUAUGUUGAAAACGAGGGAAAAUUGUCAUCUGAAUCGAGAAACUUGUUGUCUGUGGCCUACAAGAACGUUGUUGGGACUCGCCGCAGUGCUUGGAGAGUGGUCUCUAGCAUGGAACAGAAGGCGGAUGCCAGCAGUGCAAGAGGGGAAGUUAUCAAGGAGUAUAAGAUCACAAUUGAGGAAGAGCUAAAAAACAUUUGUGGUGAAGUGAUCAAUCUGCUUUCAAAGUAUCUCAUUAGCAAAGAUACUAAAGAGGAAGAAAAGGACAUGACCGAGAAAGACGUUGAGUCUAAGGUGUUUUACCUCAAGAUGAAGGGCGACUACCACCGUUACCUUGCUGAGGUUGCAACUGGUGACGACAAAACAGCAGCUGUGGAAAAUGCUUCUCAGGCAUAUUUGGAUGCCAACACCACUGCCACUAAUAAAAUGCCACCCACCCACCCCAUCCGACUUGGUCUGGCUCUCAACUUCUCCGUGUUCUACUACGAGAUUUCAAACAAGCCAGACAAAGCCUGUGAGCUUGCUAAAAAGGCAUUUGAUGAUGCUAUUGCGGAGUUGGACAAUCUGAAAGAGGACUCUUACAAAGACAGCACUCUCAUCAUGCAGCUCCUUAGGGACAAUCUCACUCUUUGGACGUCUGAGAAUCAGCAAGGAGAGGAGGAAGAGGAGCCCCAGAAUUAGCGUUUCUGAAACACUAUUUUCACAUGACUUAGUUAUAAUUAUCCUCUAGGGUGGUGUACAUUUAUUGCUUGUAUAGACAUAAUUAUGACACAUUAUAAUAUACUUUGUGUGACGUGAACUUAAACUUAAUUAAUAUUCUUGGACUGUUAUGA